AUGCAUCUCUUGGGAGCACAUUCCCCAAGGAGUAGCCCAAGCCACGCGGAAAAACUCCAGCAGGAUGGGCAGCUGCUGUUGCCAAUGGAUCCCGGGAGGAUGGAGAGGCAGCUGAAGAGGCGACAGAAGAACUGUGAAGCAGCCCAGCGCAGCCGGCAGAAGUACACUGAGAAGGCGGAUGAAUUACACCAGCAGCAUGAGCGUCUGGAGAAGGACAACAAGGCUCUUCGGAGGGAGAUCGAGGCCCUGCAGGUGGAGGUGAAAUCCUGGCUCUGGUUCCUUGACGAGCACAAGCAUAUCUGCCCCCUGGAAGGGGGGAAACGUCCGGCUCCCUCGGGGGUCCAGCCUCCGCCCACCCCCGGCCUCCACGGACCACCCGGGACCGGGCCGCUGCAGGCUUCUCCACUCCCGUCUCCCUCUCCCGCUUCUUCCGUUCCGGCCCAUGACCCCUCCGAGCUCUUCGGCCCUUGCUCCAUUUCCAUCCCUCCGGCCCCUCUCUCGCUCUCUCCGCGCCCCUCCAGGCCCACCCCGCCCUCCGUCCCGUCUCCUCCUCUGCCUUCUCCGGCCCUGUUGUCCCCGGCCUCCGGAUUCACCGCUGGGCCGCCGCCAACCCCGGCCCAUCCUUCCGGGAAUGCCGGAGACUCUGGGGAGAGGGGCACGUGGGCCUCCCGCCUCAGCCACCCUCCCACCCUGGGGCUGGCGGAUCCGCGCGUCACCGAGCUGGGGGGCUCCCCCGCUUCCCCCCAGACCGAAUGGAGAGGGCUGGGCCUAGGAUUUGGACCCCAUCCGGGCCCCCCCUGCCCGCUCCUCUCUUUCCCUGACGUGUGACCCCGACGGUACCCUCUCCCCCCCGGAUGC